AUGUCAUCUCGUAAUAAUUCUUGCGAUACUGCAGUUGGAUUAUAAUCAAAACUUAUUGCAUUGAAAGCAGAAUUGAAAAAGGCCUAAAGUGUAAUCGUCUAAUAGUAACAUAUGUUACAAGUCUAAAAAUAAUUGAUGGAUCGAAAACAAUCUAUAGACAAAGUCAAACAGAAACUGAUGAAUAAUUUAAAUCUUGAGAACCAAUCCUUACGAAAUCAAGUGAGCAAAUUCGAAAAAUUAUUUCAAGAUAAGAACUAAGAACUUGAAAAACUAACUUUAAUUAAUAAAAAUUUGACAGCAGCCAAUAAUUAACUUCUAGCUGAAAUGGCCAAACAAUUAAGUGGACCAACUUCAGAAGAAAAAGAAAUCAGAAUUUAAUAAAUCAAAAGAUUAUCUAUCAUUGAUACUAAACCUCCUCCUCCUCCCCCUUUACCAUUGCCACAAAAACAAGGUAAUCUAAAAUAAGAAUAGUAACGUAAAAAACCAAAAAGAUAAUUGAAAUAAUUACAUUGGGAAGCUGUUUUAAUGCAAAAAAUAGAGUAGAGUUUUUGGAAUGAUGCUGAUGAUUUAACUAUUAAAGUAGAUUUUGAAUAGUUAGAAGAAUUGUUUUAUCAACAAGUUAAUGCUCCAUAACAAUAAUAAAUCCCAGCAUAGGUAUCAAUACCAACCUUAAAUUAACACAUUCAAAUUUUGAAUCAAGAAAGAUCGAGAAGUGUCGAAUUGGUAAUAGCAAAAUACAGACUUACUAGUCAAUUAGUAAUAUAAGCUGUAAGCAAUAUAGAUCUUAAGUUUUUGGAUGGAGAGAAGAUUGAGGCUUUGAUGAAGUGUUUGCCGCAAGGAAAAGAAAUAGAAUAAUUGGAAAAAGUGAAAUCUUUGAGAGAUAGUCAACAAAUAAAGCUGAACAUUCCUGAGAAAUUCUUAGUUGAAUUAUACGAUAUGCCAUUUUUUGAAGAAAGACUAUGUUCCAUUAAUUUCAAAAUGGGUUUCAUAGAAAUUAAGAAAUCAAUUGAUAGUAAAAUGUAAUUGGUUAAGAAUACAUGUUAAUAAUUAUUAUAAUGUAAAUAUUUGGAGAAGUUCCUAUUAUGUUGUUUAGCAGUUGGAAACUAUUUAAAUAUUAACACUCCAAAAGGAAUAAUAAAAGGAUUUAAAUUAGAAUCAAUUGAAAAAUUCAAUUUGAUAAAAGGAAACGACAGAGAAACAUCUUUGAUAAUUUAUACCAUUACAGUAGCUGAAUAGGAAAAUAUUCCAGUUUUUAAGUUUGAAGAAAAUGAAGAUUAAUUGUUGAAUACUUAAUUGAUGAAUUUGAUUGGAGAAACAUCUAAAUUCUCACUAAUUUAAAUAUUCAAUAAUGAAAUCAAUCAGAUUAAAAUUGGUCUGAAGCAUUUAGAGAAGAUGCUCACCAUUAAUGACUAGAAUAUCAAUGAGGCCUACCAAACAUUUUAGCAGGAAGUAUUGGAUUAUUACAAAGUGAUUGAAAAUGAAUAUUUGGAUUUAUAAAAGUCAUAUGAAAAGUUAUGUGAUCACUAUGGAGAGAACUAUUAAAACUAUGAAUCUGAGAAAGUGUUCUAAAAGUUCAAUCAACUGUUUAUCCUAGUAAAAAAGGCAAAAAUGCAAUCAAUCUAGAUGAAAUUAUCUCAAGUGAAUGAAGGUAGAAUUAAGGAAACCUAAACUCAAUUAACUAGAGUCAGAUAAAGCAUUAUGAUCGAAGAGUAAGAGCAAACCAAUUCGGUUAAGAAACAAAUUGAAUAAGCCAGAAAAUUGCCAUUGCAUGAAUUGUUGAAAUUGAAGAGUAAGUUCAAAGCCAAAACGAAUGGGAAAAAAUAGGAAUGA